AUGGAGGAGGAGGACCAAGAUGAUGGAUCUGAUCUAGAUGAUUCAGAACAUGAAGACACAUCUGAUUACGCUUAUAGCGAUUCCGAUCGCCAUACAGAGACUACAAAGAAAAUAAGGAAGAGGGGAUUGAUUCGAUUGCCAAAGUUACAGACCGAACAUACAAAUUCUGAUGGAAGAAAAAAACGUCUAAAGUUUGAUGAAUUUGGAAGGUUUGCAGGGAAGUAUAAAUCACAAUUAACUAGUUAUCUAGGAGACUUAGUACGGGAAAGGGUAGGAGUUAGUGUUUUCAAUUGA